AUGAAAUCAGCUAUCGUUCUAUGUGCUCUUUUCUGCCUCGGGCUGACAAUCCCAUUAGGAUUAAAGCCAUUGGAAGAAGAACGCUGGCUUCAAAUUUGCUGUGUCGAAAAUGAUAAGAAUGAUGAUGGUGCCAUCUCAUUCCGGGAAUUCAGUCCCUUUGUUUUAGCUGUUCUUGACCUUAACCGCAAGGAAUUGGAAAGAAUCUUUUUGACCGCCGACGAAGACAAGAAUAGUGAUUUAGACGGAAGUGAAUGCCCUGUGGUUCGUAGAAUUCUCCGCGAAACUAUGGCUAACAGAGUUGAAGAAUACAAAGCAAAAUAUGAUGUCGAUGUCGAUGGAAACAUCAAUCAAGAUGAAGUUCGUAACCUCGCCUUGAAUGAGUUUGGAGUUUCUGCUCAAGAUGCUGAUCUGAUCUUCAAUCGUUCACAUCACAGCAGUGGAAGUGUUAACCAUUCUGAAUGGGUUGAGCUUCUCUUGGAGUUGAGAGCUAAGGCCGUUAAGGAGAUGGGAGUCCGUUUCUCUAAAUGGGCUACAGUUAACAAGAAGGGAUAUCUUAGUUAUGGCGAACUCAAGAAGUUCGAUCCAGCUGUUGAUGUGCCAACGUUGAAGAAGAAUUUCAAGAAAAUUGAUUAUGACAAAGACUUGUUCAUAUCUCCUGUAGAGUAUAUGGCCUUAGUAAGAGAACUACGAGAAGAAACUUCUCAUUCAAUGUCCAGUGUUCAUACAGUUGAACCAUCUAAACAAAUGCCCGAAAAUACUUCUGUCGCAACAACGAAAUCAAUUGCAAGACGUGCCGCUCUCGAAACAGCUCCACCAGUAAACGAAACGGAAGCAAAAAAUGCACUUCGUAAUAGUGAUGGUCGGAAAUCAUCUCAUUCUGGUGGCAGAAGAGUACCCACAGUAGACUUCGACGCUCCAACUGUACCUUUUGAUGAUCCAGAUUUUGAAUAG